CACCACAUCAACCACAACCAUGGCCCUCGUAUCCUACUCCGACUCAGACGCCUCCGACUCCGAACCUGAAACGACCCCCAAACCCACCCUCCCAGCAGCAGUCGCCCCCAAAAGCACAAGCACCAAAAACCCCCCUCCCUCCAUCGUCGACCGCAGCAACCCGCGCAAAAUCCGCGUCGCCCUCCCAGAGAUCAAACCCGAGCCCACCGGCGAAGGGGACGAUGGACCCGCGCGCAAGAAGCCCCGAACUGGCGGUGGCGGGGGUGCUUUCUCGGGAUUUAAUUCCCUGCUGCCUGCUCCGAAGAAGAAUGUCGCGAAUGAGAAGAAGGCGCCUGCUGCAAGGAAACCGUUUAGCUUGAAGACGGGUGCGACGGUGGGGUUCGAUCGGGGUGCUGAUGCGGAGAUGAGGAAUGAUCAGGCUUUCGAUAGUUUAGGCGGUGGUGGAGGUGAUGAGGAUAUACCUCGGGCGGGCAGUUUGCGGGAAGAUGAGGACAAGGGCGGUGCUGGGGCGACUCCGGGGCCGGAUGCGGAUGGACUGAAUAUGAAGAAGCCGGAGGAGGUCAAGUUGAAGGGGAAUCCGAUGAUGUUUAAGCCGUUGUCUGUUGGGAGGGCGCAGCCGAAGAAGAAGAAGAAGCCUGCUUCGCCGGCACCGCCGCUUCCUGCUGGUGACGCCGUCAAAGGGCUUGCUUCUGCGGCGGCGGCACAGCCUGCGAGCGAGCAGACUCCCCCUGUCGAGGCGAAACCAGCUGCCCCGCAGAAACCCAAAGUCAGCCUCUUCUCCCUAGGCUCGUCAGACACCUCUUCCUCCGCUACAACCGCCCCCAGUUACCAGACCUACGGGACAUCCUACGAACCGCUCGUCUACAGCGCAACCCCAGACGCACCCGCAGCCGGCCCUGCGCCCGCCACAGAAGCCCAGUCCGCCGCGGAAGGCUCCGCAUCGUCAGGAACACCACAGCAAACACUGGACAACAUCGCAGACGACCUCAACCUCUCGCGCGCCCAGCGUCGCCACCUCUUCGGCCGCAACGCCGACUCCGCCAAGGCGCAGGUGUUGCAUUUCAACACAGACCGCGAGUACGUCGCCAACCAGGAGAUGUCGCACGCCGAGCUCGCUGCGCAGCAGCAUAACCCUGUCCGCGCUAUCGCGCCCGGAAAGCACUCCCUGCAGCAGCUAGUCAAUGCGGCGAGCUCUCAGAAGGAGGCCUUGGAGGAGAGCUUUGCAGCUGGGAAGAGGAACAAGCAGGAGGCGGGGUCGAAGUAUGGGUGGUCGUAACUUCUUUUUCUCUUUUUCUUCCCUCAUGUUUUCAUUCUCUAUUUUGGAUACCAUACUUGUGUGCUUGUGUAACUUAUUUGCAUCGCGUGGU